CCCACCGCCCCCGCCCCCCAGCCUUCUGGAACUCACACCCCAAUUGAAGUCCAGCUAUGGCCGUGCUGCUCCGGUCUGUAACCUGGGGGCUGUUCCCCUGGAGGGGCUGCUACUCCAGGGCACCACAGCGUGGACUCAGCAAGGGCUUUGUGGAGGCUCUGGAGGCAGUGGUGGGGCGCCCCCACGUGUCCACUGCUGCUGCGGUCCGAGAGCACCAUGGGCAUGAUGAGUCGAUGUACAGGUGCCAUCCUCCUGAUGCUGUGGUGUGGCCCCAGAAUGUGGACCAGGUCAGCCGGCUGGCAGCCCUGUGCUACAGCGAAGGCGUGGCCAUCAUCCCAUUUGGCACUGGCACCGGCCUGGAGGGGGGAGUGUGCGCCCUGCAGGGCGGUGUGUGCAUCAACCUGACCCAUAUGGACCGGAUCAGGGAGCUGCAUCCAGAAGACUUCUCUGUGGUGGUGGAGCCUGGUGUCACCCGUAAAGCCCUCAACAUCCACCUGCGUGACUGUGGCCUCUGGUUUCCCGUGGACCCAGGUGCCGAUGCUUCUCUCUGUGGCAUGGCUGCCACCAGUGCCUCAGGCACCAAUGCUGUUCGCUAUGGCACCAUGCGUGACAACGUGAUCAACCUGGAGGUGGUGCUGCCUGAUGGUCGGCUGCUUCACACUGCAGGCCAGGGGCGUCAUUUCAAGAAGAGUGCAGCUGGCUACAACCUCACAGGACUCUUUGUGGGCUCUGAGGGGACACUGGGUCUCAUCACGUCUGCCACCCUGCGCCUGCACCCUGCUCCUGAAGCCACAGUGGCUGCCACCUGUGCGUUCCCCAGUGUCCAGGCUGCAGUGGACAGCACUGUACAGAUGCUUCAGACUGCAGUUCCUGUGGCCCGCAUUGAGUUUCUCGACGAUGUCAUGAUGGAUGCCUGCAACAGGUACAGCAAACUGAACUGUUCGGUGGCACCCACACUCUUCCUUGAGUUCCAUGGUUCGGAGCAGGCCCUGGCAGAGCAGCUGCAGCGGGCAGGUGUGCUGGGGAGGGUUGUGCUGUGGGACCAUGGGACUAGAGCUCCUCCAAUGUGGGGCCUAGGUCAGCCUUUCUCCCUGACUACAGAAGUGAUCACCCAGGACAAUGGAGCCUUCCACUUCUCCUGUGCCAAGGAAGCAGAGGAGUGCAACCAGCUUUGGACCGCAAGGCACAAUGCUUGGUAUGCAUUCCUGGCUCUGGCUCCAGGCUACAAGGGCUACAGCACCGAUGUGUGUGUUCCCAUCUCGAGGCUGCCGGAGAUCCUGGUGCAUGCCAAGGAGAAGCUGAAGGCCUCAGGACUCACAGGAGCCAUUGUUGGACAUGUGGGUGAUGGCAACUUCCACUGCCUCCUGCUGGUGAACCCAGAUGACGCUAAGGAGCUCCAGAGAGUCAAGACCUUUGCAAAUGAGCUGGGCAGGUGGGAGCCAUGGGGUAGAGGUGGGCAGAAGGGAUGGGAGAACCUACUAAGGGCCACUCUCAUGGCUUCUCAGAAUGGCCCUUGCACUCCAUGGGACGUGCACCGGGGAACAUGGCAUCGGAAUGGGCAAGCAGCAGCUGCUACAGGAGGAAAUAGGCCCUGUGGGUUUGGAGACCAUGAAGCAGCUCAAGGCCACACUGGACCCCCGAGGCCUCAUGAACCCAGGCAAGGUGCUGUAAGGAGCUCCAAGGAUCUGGCCUGCAGGCGUCCAGAUGAUACAGCCUCUUCUGGAAACACUGGCUCCAUAAGGCCUCUGUAGCUGGGGCUUAAGGCUGGAAGGCAGAGAGAGACGCUAGACCUCUUCCUGCUCCCUUUCCUGCCCUCAGGAACCAUUCAUUCAGUAAAAGAAGCUGCUUCCUC